AGUUGGUAUAAAUAUCCCAGAGACAGGACAGAAGAGAGAGUCUUCUGAGCAGAAGGUGGAGGGUGUUUUUAGGAUUACAGAAUAUUACUAUGGAUUUACUGCCUCUCUUGGUGUUUCUUCUGCUCUGUGUUGUCCAUCAAACCUCUGCAGUUGUUUUGGUUAAAAACACCGAAUCUAGAAACCUGUUCACAGAGCGCGCGUGCUGCAGACGCCAGAGUCACGUCAUUUACAUCGGCAAAGAUAUUUCUGGCAGUCCUGUAAAUGUUGAUGUGGGUAUGUGUAAAACGCAUUGUGGCCAAUCAGCGCAUUCUACGUCAUUUGAGGCGGGUCUUUGGGACUCCAAAUUUUCCUCAAUGCUCGAUUUCUUGCGGAGCAAAAAGAUGAGACAGCUGGAUCCCUCAUCUUCAUCCUCAGGGGCCACAGACCCCAUCAGCGGGCCCCCGUCCUGUGGUCUGAGCUCCACGUGUGAGCCUGCUGGGGUUCGAGUGGACAGAGUGAUGCUUUAUGAAGGUCUUCGAGAGGUUGAAAUCAUUGAAGAAUGCCACUGUGAAACCAAAAUGAGCCAGUGUGUGCGAGCUCCAGCGCUAAAAACAUACUACGCUCAAACACCAUAUGAGACUGUUAUAGACGUGGGCAAAUGUGUGGGGUUAAAAGGUGCACCAGAGGGAUUUUCAUGCGUACCCACUAAGUUUGAUUCCGCCCUCAUUGAGACUCCAAACAAAGUGGAGUUGAUUCAGACAGUAGCUCGAUGUGAAUUAAUGGAGGGAUGUUACCGUAUUCCAUAUGUGGAGUAUCAUUACGAGAUCACAUACGGCGAUGAUGAAGUCAAAGUAGAAAGCCUCAAGGAAAUAGACGUGGGCAGAUGUUUGGGGAGCUGCACCUCAGGGAGCCAAUGUCUUCUCAGGAGUGCGUCGAAUUUGGGUGAAUGUUUGUUGAGGGCUGAAGGACAGGGCAAGGCUUGUGUUCCUCAAGACUACGAGAGUCACACUUUCCUCAGUCAACAUGGCCAAAUCCGCACUGUCCUGGCCAUCACUUCCUGUCUAUGCCAGUCUUGAACACAGCGCCCACUACUGUAACACUCCACCAACUGCAGUGCAUUAAGACGGAAUUUAAUGCACCCCUCUGAUGUUGCAUGAACCCUAUGCCGGGUUUGAUAUAGGGACAUUUAAAGAAGCAAGCUGCAAUUAUGCAAUUUACUCUUGGCAAAUAUUUCUGUAAUAUAUGUAAAUUAUGUAAAAAGUAAUUUGUAAAUAAAAUCUA